CCUCUCCCCGGGGUGGGCAGGUUCUCAGAGUCCGGCGGCCAAUGAGCGCCUUGGAGCCGCCGACUCAGCCCAGUGGGACUCCGAGGUGAGCGCUGGGCGGAACCAGCGGGACCGGCGGAACGGAGCCCCGCCGCGGUACCUGCUGUGUGCCGCGCCGGCCGCCCGGAGCGGAACCAUGAGCUGGACUUGCCCGCGUUGCCAGCAACCUGUGUUCUUCGCUGAGAAGGUGAGCUCCCUGGGCAAGAACUGGCACCGCUUCUGCCUGAAAUGUGAGCGCUGCCACAGCGUCCUGUCCCCUGGCGGGCAUGCAGAGCACAAUGGGAGGCCAUACUGUCACAAGCCAUGCUACGGGGCUCUCUUCGGACCCAGGGGGGUGAACAUUGGUGGUGUGGGCUCGUACCUCUACAACCCGCCCGCUCCCACCCCUGCCAGCGCCACACCCCUCAGCCCCAGCAGCUUCAGCCCUCCCAGGCCAAGGACAGGCCUCCCGCAAGGCAAGAAAAGCCCUCCCCACAUGAAGAUGUUCACGGGGGAGACCUCGCUGUGCCCUGGCUGUGGGGAGCCCGUCUAUUUUGCUGAGAAGGUGAUGUCUUUGGGCAGAAAUUGGCACCGACCCUGUCUGCGGUGCCAGCGCUGCCGGAAGACCCUGACGGCCGGGAGUCACGCCGAGCACGACGGCGUCCCCUACUGCCACAUCCCCUGCUACGGCUACCUGUUUGGCCCCAAAGGCGUGAACAUCGGUGAUGUGGGCUGCUACGUCUAUGACCCUGUGGACGUAAAAUCCAAAUGAGACCCUCACCCUGCCUCGGCCUUCCCCCAACCCCUCAGUGGUCCCGUGGGAGCUACAGAGCUCUCCAGUGCCCCAGCCUUGGGGGAAGACGGACCCCGGAGGCCUGGGUGUGGGCUCCACCCCGGGGUAGACCAGGGAGUCCAGACUUUGUCUGCCAAUUCUUCCCUUUCGUGUUCCUAGCUGGGCAGGGGACACAGGCCACCCCAUCGUGGAGGGUGGCCUCCUGACCCUCCCAGUUCCUUUCUCAGUAAGUUCUGGAGCGUCAAGGCACUCAUCCAACUAUGUUUUCUUGAGCCUCGGCCUCUGUCUUCUGCAAUAAAAUCUCUGCUCCCACGCCUUCGCGUCUUCUUAGGGCCCAGAGGUUGGGGGUGCACUGCCUGCC